UUAAAAAACAACACCCUGACCCAAGCCGAGAUAGGUUCCAAACCUCAACCUGCAGCCGGAAGGGGGAAGUGAAACUUGGCUGGGGGUGGGGGCUCAGAGGCCGCCCCAGAAAGCACUGAAAGCCACAGCACGUACACCCGCUCCAGGGAUCUGCCAGCACCCUGUGGGGCCCAGACUACAGGCCGAUGGCGGAGGCUUCGAGUGACCUGGGCGCUGAGGAGCGGGAAGAGUUGCUGGGGCCCACUGCUCAGUGGAGCGUGGAGGACGAGGAGGAGGCCGUCCGCGAGCAAUGCCAGCAUGAGAGAGACAGGCAGCUUCCGGCCCAGGACGAGGACGGAGGCGACCAUGUCCCCAAGAGGCCGGAGCAGGAGAUGCUCCUCAGCCUGAAGCCCUCGGAGGCCCCUGAACUGGAUGAGGACGAGGGCUUUGGCGACUGGUCCCAGAGGCCAGAGCAGCGGCAGCAGCACGAGGAGACGCAGGGUGCCUCGGACAGCGGAGAGCCCCCCCGCUGCAGGAGUCCUGAGGGGGAGCAAGAGGACAGGCCCAGCCUGCAUGCCUGCGAAAAGGAGAACAGUGACGAAGUCCACCUGGAGGAGUUGAGUCUGAGCAAGGAGGGGCCAGACCCAGAGGACACUGUCCAGGACAACCUGGGGGCUGCAGGGGCUGAGGAGGAACAGGAGGAGCACCAGAAAUGUCAGCAGCCUAGGACACCCAGCCCCUUGGUCUUGGAGGGGACCAUCGAACAGAGCUCGCCUCCCCUGAGCCCUACCACCAAACUCAUCGACAGGACCGAGUCCCUAAACCGCUCCAUAGAGAAGAGUAACAGUGUGAAGAAAUCGCAGCCAGACUUGCCCAUCUCCAAGAUUGACCAGUGGCUGGAACAAUAUACCCAGGCCAUUGAGACCGCUGGCCGGACCCCCAAGCUAGCCCGCCAGGCCUCCAUAGAGCUGCCCAGCAUGGCCGUGGCCAGUACCAAGAGUCGGUGGGAGACGGGUGAGGUACAGGCUCAGUCUGCGGCCAAGACUCCGUCCUGCAAGGAUAUUGUGGCUGGAGACAUGAGCAAGAAAAGCCUCUGGGAGCAGAAGGGAGGCUCCAAGACCUCAUCAACAAUUAAGAGCACCCCAUCUGGGAAGAGGUAUAAGUUUGUGGCCACCGGGCAUGGGAAAUAUGAGAAGGUGCUUGUGGAAGGGGGCCCGGCUCCCUAGGCCUCCCAUCUCGCUUCCUGGGUCUGCAGGUCCAGCUGGGUGGCACCCUCCAUGUACCCAGGGGAGAUUCCAGCCAGACACCCGCCCCCUGGCCCUGGCUAAGAAGUUGCUUCCCGUUGCCAGCAUGACCUACCCUCGCCUCUUUGACGCCACCCGCUGCCACCUCCUUUUGCUCCUGGAUCCUUUAGCCUCUCUGCCCUUCCACUCUCUGACCACCACCACCACCUCCCCCCGCCCCCCCCACCCAGCUCUGCUUCUCAUUACUUGGGGGAGGAAAGAAACUCCUGAUCAUUGGCCAAAGGGACUUACCCCUGGAGAGGCCAAGUGCCUUCUAGGAAGUUAGGAGGUUGAAGCACAGCCUGUGCAGAGAGGGCAGGUCACCCCCCAGAUCCAAGGGGAAACUGCAGGUCAAGGGCUGAUAACGGCCAUGCAGGAUGCUUGACGCUGCGUCCCCCCUGCACUCUGCUUGCCGCCCCCCACCCUGCCAUUUUGUAUAAUAAAGCUCCCUGUGUAUUCUC